AUGCCCCUUUUCCGGCUGAAGACGGUUUUUCCGUUGCUCGCUCUGUUGUCGAUUGGUGUUUUCUUCUGGUGCAUGGAACGUUAUGACCGAUCGGCACUACUCCGAUUCAAGCACCCGGUUGAUCAUGUCAACCUGGGAGGCAGUCAGUCUCAAAUUGACAUGUCCACCGAUCACCCGCAGACCGGAAACACUUGCGAAGUCGAUCCCAAACUUGCCGCCCCGCUUCCCUUCUCAGAAUGGCUCCCCCGCAAGAACUAUACUCGUGCCUACAUCCGCCCUCGUUUGGUGAGCCCCGAUACCGAGUUUCACACCUUGGAAGAAAUCGAGAAGCCCGUUCUCCCGCCUAUGGUCGCUAUGGAGCGUGGAAUGGUUGUAUCUCCCGAUAACGCUCAGGAUGUCUUUGUCUGCCCGGAGAUUAUCGAUGUUGAUGUGGCUGCCGAUGAUGAUGUGGAAGAAACCUCCAAGCUUCUGUUUGGCUUGGCUACUACCGUGGACCGUCUCGAUCGCCUGCUCCCCUCCCUCCUCUACACCUACGGCAACACGAAGGCUGGUUUAGUUGUGCUAGUUCCUGAAUCAGACGAUGACCUGGAGAAACAGGAAACCUACUUCCGAAACCGUGGUCUUGACUUGACACUGGUAGCUUCUUCGCUGGAUUUCACCGCUCGUUACUUUGGCAUGGUCGAGGCAUUCUCCGAGCACAUUCGCAAGCACCGCCCCCACACCACCUGGGUUGGAUUCAGUGACGACGACACGUUUUUCUUGUCUUUGCCCACCAUCGCCAAGGAGCUGAAGCUGUUUGAUGAGAACAAGAAGCACUACAUUGGAUCUCUGUCUGAGGCUAGCUGGCAAGUGGACACCUUCGGCCACAUCGCAUUCGGUGGAGCCGGUGUCUUCGUGUCAAAGCCUUUGCUGGAUGUUCUCAUGAAGUACUACGAGGAGUGUCAGUCCUGGGGUGAGCAACCCGGUGACCAGAAGCUUGGCCAGUGUAUCCAGCGCUUCGGAGACACCCCGUUGACCCUCUGGCCUUCUCUCUACCAGAUGGAUAUGACCGACCCUGUGGACGGUGUCUAUGAAUCUGGCCGCAAGAUUGAGUCCAUGCACCACUGGAACAGCUGGUACACCAAGGAUGUGGUGAAGAUGACCACAGUCGCAGCUGCAGCCGGUCGCAAGUCCGUGCUCCGUCGCUGGGUCUUUGACCAGGAAGAGACUGUCAACAACGCGACCGGCGAGUCCAUUCGCCACUUCUGGGUUCUGACCAACGGCUACUCCCUGGUUAAGUAUACCUACGACGAGAGUGUUCCGGAUGAUGCGAUCAAUUUUGAUGCUGUGGAGAAGACCUGGCCUGAGGAUCCCCGUGGAUUCGAGGAGCGCCUGGGUCCUCUCCGUCCUGCCGAGGAUGAAGGUGUGACUAAGGACCGCUGGUUGCUUCACGACGCCUACGUGGUUGGGGAUAAUGUACACCAGUUUUAUGUGCGUGAGGAAGAUGAAGGCCACAGUGUGAUUGAGAUUGUCUGGCUUGGCCCCAAGGGCGGCGGCGGUGGUGGUCUCAGCGAUCACCAGAUUCGUGGUACCUACCAGCAAUAA